AUGUCGUUUUGCAUUUUCUCGAGCGCUUUUGCUCUUUUCUCCUCAAGCUUUCUCUACAAACAAAGAACUCUAGAGGAACUAAAGCAGGGGAAUAGGAAAAAACCACUAGGUAUUGGCCUUCUGAACCUGCUCCUCUUCCCAGCCGUUGAUCACCACAUCCUCCCGUUUGAACCGGUUAUUGAUCUUCGCAAUUUUCGCGUUCUGCCACGCGCCUAUCUUCGUCUCCACCUCUUCCUUCUUCACUCUCUGCAUCGACGAGACUUCCCGCGUGGGCCCCACCACUGGAUUGCUGCUGUCUGGCACGAUGGCUAAGGGGUUGUUGUAGGUCUCUUCUUCCCUCUCCUCGCGUAUAUUGUCGAGCUCGCGGGGCCCACCGCCUAUGGCGGACCCAGCAAGGACGAGGGCGUUGAACUCUCGGCUCAUGCUCGAGAAGUUCUCGGUCGAUGACGUGGAGAUGGCCGGGGACCGGCCGGCAGAGGCUGCCGGAGGCGGCGGCGGUGGUGUUAGGGCGUGGAUUUCCCGGAUGGCCGGAGAUUGAUCGGGCUCGGGCUCAUCGAGGUACUGUAGAAGAUUGUUGCUUGAGCUGGUUGAGGUGGGUACUAGAGCUCUUUGAUCACUCAACAUUAGGAAAGGAGUUUAGAGAGAGAGAGAGGGGUUUUUGGCUUUUUUAAAGUUUGGACCAAAAAGGAGUGGGGAAGGUGAAGGAGUGAGGAAUGGAUGAGAGCCACAUACACAUGCAUGCAGUAAAAAGGGUAUUGAGUUUCAACUUCAUAAGCUACCUUCUUUUUUAUUACCUUCUUUUUUUUUUUUUUUUUUUUUUUNAUUGGUAUGUAUUGUUAAUUGGAAUAUAAUUGGGAUAGGCCAAGAGUUGAGAUGGCUUUUAUUGGUGGCACUUAUGAUUAAUCAAGGUAGCUUUAAUAUCUUUUGGUCAAUAUUAUGGAGAAGCCCUUCUAUGUUGUUUAUUUUGGCUUUAGCCUCUUU